AUGGAACACCGUACCCCAUAUAUCUCUUACUUUGUGUGGCAAAGGCAACUCCUUCCUUAUAUGAGCGCGAUAAACCCCAGCGCCUGCCAGAAUGAAUCCGCAGGAACUUCCACCCCUCGCCAACGAUAUUCGCCUCGAAAUAAAAGCCAUGAUUCCGGAAUUAUCAGAUCCAGAAAACUGGGGUUGGCGUUUGCUAUACUUCGCAGUCCCCACGACCGUUGGGAAUGA